UCCUUCGCCUGAGCCGCUGAACCCGAACCGAACCAUUUUCACUCUCUAAACCUACGCCCUCCUCCGCCGCCGCAUCCGGCCACCCUUCGCCGCCGCAUCCGGCCAUGGGUAGCAGGCUGGGCCGCCGCGUGCUCCACUUCGCCAACCUCCCCAUCAAGCUCAUGCUCCCCCCGGCCCCCCUGACCUCCGUCCAGGAGUUCGCUGUGAGGACCGUCCCCUCCGCCUCCAAGGUCGACAUCCGCCGCUGCCUCGAGUCCGUCUACGGCUUCAACAUCGCCGAAGUCCGCACCCUCAACAUGGAGGGCAAGAAGCACCGCCGGGGACCCUUCCUCGCCGCCAAGCCAGACUACAAGAAGGCCUACGUCACUCUUCAGGCCCCGCUCUCCGUUUCCCCCGACAUCUUCCCCAUCGGCGCGAUCCUCGGGGAGAGGGAGCGGAAGGCCAGCGCAGCCGCGGCGAGGAGGAAGGUUGUGGAAGGGGCAGAGGUCGAGGGGGAGAGGGAGGGGAAGGGGAAACAUUGGAUGGAGGACGAGAGGGAGGGCUUCUCCAGGGCUGGAUGCGGCAAGAUCGUGUAUGGAAACCCUGGGAGGCUGGGGAACAAGAGGAGGGGACGUGCCGGGGCGAAUGAGCAAGCUGACGAAAAGGGGGGAAACUUCCCGUGGAACGGGAUGGGGCUGGCUACCGAGAAACCUGCUAGGAAAAGACACUAUCCUCCCAAGGCACAGGGAGGCAUGGUCUUGAAGCAGAGAUCACACAGGGGAUCAGCGCUGCGUGGAGAGAGUUGAGUUGUCGUCGCCUCAACCAUGAGAGAGCACCGCGCCAUGAAACGCGAUGCAGUACGUGGAUCCAUGACUAAUCCGCCAGAUCCAUGCCGUUUUGCAGUCACACAAUAAAGAUGUGUUAAUUUAGUAUUUAUAAUUGGCUUUGGUUCCCUUUUACUUUGCUGUUAAAUCGUGUAGUGAUUUCAGUCUCUCAUGCACAUGGCUGGUCACACUGUAAGAGCAUUUCCUUGUCUAGAUUUGAUUGUCUUUAUGUCCAUAUAAGCGAUGGUAUGGGUCACACUGAGAACAUAUCCUGUGCUCCCGACGAACUCGUGCACCAGGUGCUCCGGUCCAACCUCAGCCAUUGGAUUAAAAAAAGAGGGACAGGAUGAGGGGCAAGGGGAGCUGAACGUAUCCUGUGCUCCCGACGAACUCAUGCACCAGGUGCCCCAAUCCAACAAUACGGACCUUGAAGUCUAGAUGAACUCUGCCUUGCACUGUCUUCUCUACUAUGCCUGUCUUCUCACGUGUGCUCUUGUAUCGACUUAUGUAGCUGUUGCAUGAUUGUUCAUUGUUCAGCAGUUAUAACUCUAUAAUAAGUAUUAAGUAUGAGAGAAACAACUUUA